UGUAAGAAGUUAUUUGCAGUACGUUUAAAAUGAAGAAGUUUAUUUACCUAUUACUUAACACGUGUAUCAUCUGUAGUUGUGGUAACAGCAUGCGAAGUGUGGAUAAUGUUUCUGAGGCAUUAAGUGGUAGCAGCGUGCAAAGUGUAAAUGAUAUCUCCGAGGCAUUAAGUGAUAACAGCGUGCAAAGUGUGGAUGAUGUUUGUGAGGCAUUUAACAAGCGUAUGUUAGAUAUGGAAAGGAGACAAAGUGUAUACGAGAAGAAAAUUAAGGAAUUGGAGACGAGGUUACUAAACCCUACAGUUCGAAAAAGAUCAGUGGCAGAUCAACAUGUUGCCUUUUCUACGAUUUUAACAAUCAACGAGGACCAUAUUGGUUUAGGCCAAACAAUAAAGUUCUACAAAAUUAUACUCAACGAUGGGGCAAGAUACAGCAAGUAUUCUGGAACAUUCACUGUACCGGUUGCUGGGGGGUACAUGUUUUCAUACUUUUUUGCACACACGGGUGAGCCUGGCAAAACAUGGUUAGAACUUAUGCAUAAUGGAAAGAAGGUAAAUGCUGGCGUAAGCGAUCCCGCUCAUGUCUAUCAAGAUUUGCAAGGAGGAAAUACAGCAAUCAUAAGAGCACAAGUGGGUGAUGCGAUAUGGAUGGAAGCUUUCCAUGAAAAUGACGCUACAUUAUAUGGAACAGUUGGUUUUUCAUCAUUUUCUGGUGUUUUAUUGUAUUAGAGUUUGUUUAAAAAAUGAAAGAUGGUCAGAUGAAAAGCGUUUAGUUUGCCAAUGUGUAAACAUGUAAUAAAGAAAACUUAAUACAA